GUCGGAGGCAAGUCUGUGUGUCUGUGUGUGAGCGAAAGAGUGUGUGUGGAAGCCUAUCCGCCAGGCAGUCGGCUCCUGCACUGAGGCACGGUGUGUUGCGCGGCUGAUCUCGCAUUGAAUGGACUAGAUUUUUCCCAGCCACGUAAGUACACACCACCGCCGGAAAGAAUGUCUUGCUGAAUCAAGGGAAAGGCCUGGGAAAGUCGGCCAUCCCUUAAUUCCAGCAGCUGAAACAGUCGACGACAGUUACUUCGGUUUUUAAAAUUAGUCGCAAAGGACAUCCACUUCCGAACACAACAAAGGGCUACGAAUUCUGGAUGGUUUUCUCUCCAUAUUUGGUCGAUGGCAAAUCCCGAAGCUCGCUGCAUUUGUGGAACGAACAAGGCCCAUCUGACACUGACCUGGUAGCUAUGAAGCAAUAGCAUUGCUUUUGCUAUCAAUAAUUAAUGUUGAUUUAAAUAUAGCCUACCGUAGCUUGCAACGUCGGUGCGAUUUUAACCGCGGUUACUUUGUAUGGUCUCAGUCUGCAAGCUAUUAGACGGAUACAUUGUUUCUAUUUUCUAAAACGUGUAAUGUAAUUAAAUUAAUCUGCGGGCUAGCUUUAUGCUAAAUCUUUAAUCUAGCAGUCCAGUCGUCAUUACAAAGAUGACAUUCGGUAGGUUUUGAGUGAUUAUUUUAUAGCAAAUCGGCAUUGCUGUCUCUAGCACUCUGGAAAAGCGUUUAUGCUCAAAUGCAGCACUAUCUCUUCUGCAAAGGGCUGCCGUGCGUUAUGGUGCAGUGAACAAUGAUAUUGUUUUAGUCCUACAGCUGGGUAGAUAAAGACCACAUAUUGCAAACAUUAUCUUAGAAUUGCAUCUUUCUUUGCAUGUAUUGCAUAUGAGCCCUCCAGCUGUACAGAUAAAGGUUGACAUAGCCUAGCCUACGUAUUACAGUGUAAUAGGUGCACUUGCAAGGAUAGCGCAAAACAUCAUCUAGAUUUAUAUUUUUUAAACGGCAGCUACAAAGUAUUGGGCCACAAAAACCAAUCUAUCGACUAACGUUUACAACCCAAAGAAGUGCUGCUACACAUCCCUGCCUUCGAAGAGAAGAAGACCCCGAUAGUUUGGAAGUAUUUCAGGGAAUCCUGAUGAACAUACAGAGAUCAAAUCCCAUCAACAUCUCGCGUUAUGGGAGAUCACGGCACAAAGCGACCGAUUUUGAGGAGUUAUCUUGCCUGAGGACUACAGAAUCCAGCCAGAGUUUCAGCCCCAACCUAGGAUCCCCUAGCCCCCCUGAAACACCAGAUUCCUCCCACUGUAUCUCCUGCAUCGGGAACUACCUGCUCCUCGAGCCCUUGGAGGGGGACCACGUUUUCAGGGCCGCCCACCUGCACACCGGGGAAGAGCUCGUAUGUAAGGUGGGUCCUCGAGCUAUAAGAGUUUUAUGGGCCCUUGGGUUGAUUGACGGUUGCAUUAGCAAUAGAGAGAAUGUAGCAGAUAUGGGCCUACAUUGUAGCGAACGUCAUGCAAAUUCCAAUCAUCUCGAGGAGAUCACACUAGCCUAACCAUAAAGCACCAUAUUUGGUCAAUCCACCAGGGUCAAGUUGCAAGUUGACUGUAGAAUAUAAUUAUAGCACUAUAAUAAACCUGAAUUUGCUCACAAUAAAGCCAUCUAUUUUAGAUAGACAUUAGUUACAUAUACAGUAGUUACAUGUUUAUAGCUGUAGGGCAGGCCUAUCUGGUUGCCUUUUAAAAUGCAAAUUACCCACGGACUGUCCAAUAGGGCAUGCACAACUAAACAAUGCACUGUAUAGAUAAAUACCCGGUGUUGCCGCGAAAUUUGUCUCCUGAUAUUUUAUGCAUGAAUUGGAAAUAGAGACGACCGAACGAGUAAUGGAAAAGUGAAUGAAGUGCAUAGCAGGCAGACAAGCAGGCUGCUCAGCUCGCGCGUGUCUCGAGAGCUAUGUGGGUCUGGUUGCAUGAUGUAACGUCGACAAAGGAGUGAAUAACCGCUCUCCCAAACUAAUAGCCCGUGUAGCACUACCCAGUCCUUUGUUCCUCAUUGUUUAAAAAUGAAUACGAGGUUUUCCUCAUUCUCCUGCUCAUGCAGCCUGGUCUCAUAUACUAGACGUAAUAUAGUAAACGUAAAUCCGGGACACUGAAUAUAGGAUGAUAUGUUAAGUUUGGUAUGAUUACAUAAGACAGAUGGUUACUUAAGGCAAAACUAAAGUAGGGUGGUUGGUCGGGCGUAUAACGCGAACGUCUAGCAACCCAAAGGUUGCGAGUUUGUAUCUCAUCAGUGACAACUUUAGCAUUUUAGCUAAUUAGCAACUUUGCAACUACUUACUACUUUUUAGAUACUUUGCAACUAAUUAGUAUGUAGCUAACUCUAACAUUAACCCUGUUAGCUAACCCUAAUGUUAGCCACCUAGCUAGAAUUUGUAACAUAUCAUAAGUUUAGCAAAUUCAUAACAUAUAGUACGAAUUGUAAUUCAUAACAUAUCAUACGAAACGGGUGAUGGAGAUCCACAAAUGAAUGCAUACCAUACGAAACGUAGCAUACAGUAUCAUACUAAAUGGAGUUGAACUAUUUACGUACAGAAUAAUACAAAAUGCUCUGAGACCAGGUUGGUGCAUAGCACAUGUGCUCAGGUUUUCAUUACUACCAAAAUGACCCACCAUAUCCCACAAGGUAAAUGGAUGUAUAAAAUAAUCAUGUUUCAGUUUUUCUAGUGCAAUAUGAAUAUAAUACAUUUCAUUGUAGUUAAAUCUCCAACUUUGCAUGUUGUUGUUUUUCUCAUAGCACACACAUCACCAGAGGGCCUAAAAGAUCCGAUAUGUGGUUGACUUAUUGGAUAGGACUUCAAUUUGUUCAUAGGGCAACCUUUUGGCCUUUGUGUCCACCACUGGACAGUACAGUAUUGACUUAACUCUAUAUUAUGAUUAUUGGCGCAUUGGAUACAUGUACCCUUGGGUACAUUCAAAUGAUUAACCCUAAACAGGGUCAUAAAAUUGGCCUGAUUAAUAGAACAAAUGUUAGGCUAAAAGCACACAGGCCCCAUAGGAGCACAGUCCUAGAAUAGGCUAAGGCCCUAAACUGUGUUCCAGUGGUAAGAGAACGGCCUUUGGCACUGUAACUGCCACUGCCAGCGAGCUAUAUUUAUACAUCUGACCUCCAUUUCUACUGAAUGUUGCCAAGCAACAUCAAAGAUCAAUUUGUAAUGUCAGAAUUGACAGUUUACUGCCUAGGUGUAUUAGUAGACCCCAGCUACAACUGUAGACCUUGAGAAGUACACACUCACUGCGGGGUGAGCCAGAGCCUACUGUUUUUAUCGACUUGUAGUCGAGAGGCUCGUUCACCUGGGCUUCACUUGCUGAAAGUCAAGGUGGAGAACUGAGGGAGAGGGGUUACUAUGGUAAACCGGGGCAGCCUGUAGCAUAUGCAGGAGGGUGACAGCGACAAUGUUACAGAAUGUUCACAUUCAGAUAGAAAUGUAUGCAUGCAGAAUAUGGAAUGGUCACCCUGCAGGUCUAUUACCUUUCUAUCUACAGCAGCAUUCUAAAUGUUGCACCCCAUGGAAUAAACCUUGGUCUGAAGGUUCUGGAGCACUGGGGGUGGAGGCAUAUUCAGUAAGGUGAAACAUUCAGAACUUGGAGAAAUAUAGAGCUUGCCCGGUUCUCUAUUCUACACGAUGAUAGGCAAUCACAUCUGCUCUAGUCUACACAAUGUGCUGAACAAUGACUAUCAACUCCAUUGGAUACUAAACUCCUUCCCCCUCCUUUCUCCCCACCCACCCCCUCUCCCUGCUCCCUCCCCCUCUCCAGGUGUUUGAGAUAGGCCGUUACCAGGAGUCCCUGGCGGCCUACUUCGCCCUGGGCAGACAUGAGCACAUCAACCAGGUGGUGGAGAUCCUGCUCGGGGAGCAGCGGGCCUAUGUCUUCUUCGAGAGGAGCCACGGAGACAUGCACUCCUUCGUCCGCACCUGCAAGAAGCUGCGCGAGGACGAGGCCGCCAGGCUCUUCCGUCAGAUAGCCUCGGCCGUGGCGCAUUGCCAUGAUAACGGCGUGGUCCUCCGGGACCUCAAGCUGAGGAAGUUUGUCUUUAGGAACGAGGACAGGUGAGAAAGGGGACGGGGUGGGGGAGGGCGAGGGGGGAUGAACGAGUCUCUCACCUUAUGCUCAUUGUAAAUUGAUAUGAAUGUAAAUAACCCUGCUCUUUACAUGAAGUUCCACCUUUUAUUAACACUGUAAUUACUACAGUAACAAUGUUGUCGUAACAUAAUAAUGAAGUUGAGCAGUUUCUAUUUAGAUCAGAGGUCGCCAUAUUGGAGGUAUGCAAUAUAACUAGGAGUACACACACAUGUAUGUGGCUUGGGGACAAGCAGGGUGACUCCUGGAUACAGUCUAGACCCCAGACCAGCUAGCUGAACUGCUGUUAAACUGGUGGACAGUGUAGCAGAGAUGCCAGGAGUUGCUUUGUCUGACAGAUGUUCAAUUACGUUGGGAUUUACCAUGUAAGGCUGUGGCACAGAGUAAUGAAUCGGUUCUACACCGACAUCAGCUAGUGCAGGCUGUAGUAUAUACUGACCCCUGGUGGUGGGCUGUCCACAUUUAUCAUUAUAGUGAUCCAGGAGAACAGUGAUAAAAACAUAUUCUAGUGCUGCUUUUUUAACUGACUGUCAAAGCAAGCAUGUGCUGUUCCUGGCACUGACUGGAUGCCCUCUAUCUGAAUGCCCCUGCCCAGACACACACUGAGCUCAAGUCAGCUUUGUGUUUUCUCCUCCAAUGGUUAAGGUUACAUUGGGCGAAGGGUAAGCUGAUCCUAGAUCUGUUCAGGACCUCAUUCUGCUCCAACCUGGCAGUGGAGUAGAUGCCCUUUAUCUAUGUGAAUGUAUGGCUGCGUCACCCUCUGGCUCUGCUCAUUGAAAAGGGAAGCUGAGCCGACUGCCACGCUCAUUUAAUAGCACUCUUAACAAACUUGGCUGCCAUGACAGGGCCAACCAGGUUGGGAUGUGACAGCUGAAUGAUUGAUGGGGGCAGAGCUUGGUUCAAGGGGGGUGAAGAGAGACACUGUGGGGUGGGGACUGGGGGUGCAUCUAAUUCUAAGUGUCUUCCUUCCUCUGCUCCUAUCCUUGUAUCCUCUCCUACAUUUGGACUGAACGGAAAAAACAAGCUAGCACGAGAUGAAAACAUUUUUUUUUUUUAAAUCGCAGCAGUACAGUGGCAGGCUACUGGGAAUCUGCUUUCGCCUAUCCAGCUCUUUCAAAUCAGUGCAGAUGAAGGAAAGGAGAUGAGGAGACUGGAGAGGAAGCCACUUCAGACUAUUCAGAGUCACCCUGGCCAAAAGCCAAGUCCCAGAGCUUUAGUGGCAGGCCAGAGAAGGGAGAUAGGGAGAGAGAGAGAUAGGUGACCCAGUAAGUUGAUAUGGCCACAGCAGUUACAGUAUUUGCAGUGUGUGGGAAACCUGCUUAUGUCAUCAUGGUUGAAUUGACCUCUCACUGUCCCCCAGGAAAGGUUAUAGGUCUAGAACCCAACCUACAAGCAUUGUCCUUAAUGUACCAGACAGUGACCUUUUAACCCAGCAACGUGUUUUAAUGUAUUUUUAACGUCUUUAUGGGGUCAUACUUAACAUGAGAUGCUAUGUCAGCAGUAGUAAGAAAUAUGUCAACCUCUCUAUUCUAUUGGCUACAUAGAGUGUUUGCUGGUAUGUAUGUUGUAGGUAGCUCUGUUAGUGACAUUUCUAAAUGGGCUGCUUAUAAAGGUUUUUAUCGGACCAAUUGAGGUAAUGCAUUGAUUGCAUACUCUCAACUACCUGAAAUCAAGCUCCUAGAACACAAUAAAUCUGAACAAGUGAAGCGGACGGUACAAAAUCCCACAAUUAACAUAAAGUCAAGCCUAAGCACAAAUCAGUGGAGGUGUGUGUUUGCGCACUUGUGCACAUGAGUGGGUGCGCGUGUCACAGACAAUAGGAAGACAUUUUCUGAAUAUGCAUUAGCCACUGCUGGCUGCAGCUCUGCUCUUCUCCUCCUUAAUUAACCUUUUACUGCAGUGGGCUAAAUCAGUGUCAAACAGAGUGUUUCUUGGUCAUCUUAAACAAAUCUACUUUGUAACAAAAGUAUACACCUCACACACAUCUCAGUGCUUGAGGCGUCACUACAGACCCCCUGGUUCGAUUCCAGGCUGUAUCACAACCGGCCGUGAUUGGGAGUCCCAUAGGGCGGCGCACAAUUGGCCCAGCGUCGUCCGGGUUUGGCCGGUGUAGGCCGUCAUUGUAAAUAAGAAUUUGUUCUUAACUGACUUUCCUAGUUAAAUAAAGGUUAAAUAAAAUAAAAUAUGGGCUUUAAAAAAAGGAGACACCUGUACCAUGUCAGAUAUAGAGUUGAAAUGUAUUCAAUUUUGAGUUUGCAUCCCAAUAUUACACUUUAUAUACAUCACAGAAGACAAAAUAAAGAAAUACCUGUUUGACAUAGAAACACUGGAUUUUCUGCGUUAAAAAAAUAUAUGUUUAUUAUGAAAUUAUGAAAAAUAUUAAUAAUAGGUCAUUUAACUGCAGGAAAGGGCUACAAUGGAUGAAGUGUUCAGUUCUCCCAGAAUAUGUGUGUGUGUCACUAAGAGCCCCUCCCACAUAAACAGAUGGAGACACUUUAGGUGGAGCCUCACAAGUGUCCCUUUCUCAUCUGUGUAUAGGGUCUGUAUACCGUGAGCCACUCCAGAGCCCUCAUCAGUCAUGGUGCCUCUGAACAACCCAUCAUUAUGAUCAGCAGCUCUCAGAGAAACAUGGCUGUGAAGGUCUGCUUUGAAAAGAGACAAGGCUUAAUGGGUCUCUUUUAAAAAAAAUACACUGAUGAUGAUAACCCUUUUGAGGCUUGAUUUCCGUUUUGAAACUCUUCUUACCGCAUGCUGACUCAAGGCCCCUGAACUGAAGUCGUCCAUAAUGGUGGUUCUUUGUUGGGCUGGAGUGGCCUAUUGAAUCAGCUGGGCUAUAAAUAGGCUGAUGCAUGCUGGGUGCGCUGCUCUUAUCUCUGUGAAUGGAAAUGUCAGAUGUAAGCCCCCGGCAUUAUGUGCUCUACGUAAUUUAAUGUCCAAAGCUAUGGAUCGAAAACAUGCGGAUGAUGUCCAUCACAGUGAAUUACAUUGUGCUCCCACUAGAAGAGGGCAACUGCCUACAGUGAUCAAGAACUGUGCGGCAGAAGCGUUUCUAUACUCACAAUGUACUUUUGAUUUUAUGGCCCAAUUACAUUUAAAUUAGAAAAUGCGUCAUUGUCCAUCGGUUAUAUAAAGGUCAGAUAUGAUUCUUAUCAGAAUGGAUUUUGUAUUCAUCCUCCUGUGGAAAGAGGACUCAGGGUAUUAAUAUUUGUUUGUUGUCUGUUCUUGUCUCCCUCCAGGAGCCUUGUGAAGCUGGAGAGCCUAGAAGACACUUACAUCCUGGAGGGUCAUGACGACUCUCUGUCAGACAAACAUGGCUGCCCUGCCUACGUCAGCCCCGAGAUCCUCAACGCCAGCGGCAGCUACUCGGGCAAGGCGGCCGACGUCUGGUCCCUGGGCGUCAUGCUCUACACCAUCCUGGUGGGCCGCUACCCCUUCCACGAUGUAGAACCCGGCUCCCUGUUCAGUAAGAUCCGCCGGGGCCACUUCAGCAUCCCAGAGACCCUGACGCCCAAGGCCAAGUGUCUGAUCCGGAGUAUCCUCCGCCGGGAGCCCGCAGAGCGCCUUACGUCCCGGGAGAUCCUGGAGCACCCCUGGUUCUUAUCCUCCGGGGCAGCAGGUGGUGCUGUGGUCCAGGGGAGAGGGGAGAGGGAGCAGGAGCAGACUGUGCCCGAGGUGAACAUGGAGGAGGAGCUGGAUCAGUUCUUCAGCUGAGCAGACAUGAAGCACAAAGGGAGGACUACGCCACAACGCGGAACAAAUGUGACACGCUCGGAAAGAGCCUAACGGUAGAUUAGUUGUUUAGCAGGUGAAACAUUGUCACUCACAGAAAAGGUGUUUCCAUCUUUUUUUCCUUUCCAUUCCAUGGAAAACCAACCUCGAGGCGGAGCCAAGUGGUGAAUGGCGUACAAACAUCACAGGGGCAGGACUUCUGUUAAGAGGAGUUUGCUGCCACUAGACAUGCAAGUCGCAAACAAUGUAGCAAACAUAAUUAUUUUUUUGGGGGGGGGUGCAUUUAAAAGUAGAUACAUACGACAUGUUGUGACGCUACAGAAAGCACGAAGGGACACAAGACCACAGCCAAGGAGAACAAGACACAUGUCAGUCAGUCAAACUGCUACUACACUCCUCUAUGAGUUUUCACAUGACCAGGUAUAAAUUGCCUGC